AUGGCGGGUUGGUUUUCCUCUACUUCUCCUCUCGACGAGCAGGUUGAGCGUGCGACAUCAUCAUCGCUAGAGGACAUUGCUCUCAACCUCGAGAUCUCCGACCUUAUCCGAUCGAAAAGCGUCCAGCCCAAAGAAGCGAUGAGAUCACUCAAACGGCGGCUAGAAAAUAGGAAUCCAAACGUGCAGAUUGCGACAUUGAAGUUAACCGAUACGUGCGUGAAGAAUGGCGGCUCCCAUUUUCUGGCGGAAAUCGCGUCGCGCGAGUUUAUGGAUAAUCUUGUGUCUCUCCUCACGGCGGAGGGGGCUCCCUUGAAUACUGAUGUGAAGGAGAAGAUGCUGGAACUCAUUCAGGACUGGGCUAUGGCGGCCCAAGGCCGCAUGGAUCUCAACUAUCUAGGCGAGACCUACCGCAGGCUGCAGAGCGAGGGCUUCCGCUUCCCCCCAAAGAAUGAGAUUAGUGGGAGUAUGUUGGAAAGCAGUGCGCCUCCUGAGUGGAUCGAUUCCGACGUUUGUAUGCGCUGCCGUACACCAUUCAGUUUCAUGAAUCGCAAACACCAUUGCCGCAAUUGUGGUAAUGUCUUCGAUGCUCAGUGCUCCAGCAAAACCCUUCCCCUGCCUCACUUGGGAAUACUGCAGCCCGUUCGUGUCGAUGAUGGGUGCUAUGCCAAAUUGACAUCAAAGUCAUCCUUGCCAUCUAAUUUGUCAGACCGAUCUGCGUUCAAGAACCACUCAAUAACCAAGGCAAAUGCGAUGGAGCCUCGCGGCGCAAGGGCAGAAGGGGGCUUUGAUGAUGACCUGCGGCGGGCGCUUCAACUGAGCUUGGAAGAGGCUCAAAACAAGGGCUCUUCUGGCUACGUGCCAUCAACUAGGAUCAAUGACAAACCGGCAAAGACGACUACUCAAGCCAACCAUGAGGAGGAGGAAGACGCGGACUUGAAAGCCGCCAUCGAGGCUUCCCUGCGGGACAUGGAGGAACACAAGAAGAAGCAUGCGGCCGCCCUGAAGAGUAAUGCAGCCGCGGCCGAUUCUUCCUCUCGUGAUACUACCACCGCAACGCCCUUGCCCAAAAAUCCCUAUGAGUUGAGCCCGGUCGAGGUAGAAAACAUUCAUCUGUUCGCCGCCCUCGUUGACCGUUUACAACAUCAACCUCCGGGGACUAUCUUACGGGAACCUCAAAUUCAAGAGCUGUACGAGAGUAUCGGUGCUCUCAGACCCAAGCUUGCCCGCAGCUAUGGGGAGACUAUGAGCAAGCAUGAUACUCUUCUUGACCUGCAUGCGAAGCUGUCUACGGUGGUGCGGUAUUACGAUCGCAUGUUAGAGGAACGAUUAUCAAGUGCAUACUCGCAGCAUUCGCUCGGAUACGGGACUGUGCCAGGCGGUUCCCCAUACCCCAAUAUGUAUCCUACAAUGCCUUCCCACAUCCCGGAGGGUAAAACUGGAGCCGAAAACUUUUAUUACGGCAACCCGGUUGCCGAUAGGGCGCCCCCAGUGGGUAACACUUAUGGAUACCCUCAGUCCAGCAGGGAUAUUCGCGAGCCAGCUGCAGCUCCCAGCGGCCCGAUCAGCUCCGGCAUGUAUAACCAACCCAGUCAGGCGGUGCCUCAAAAUCCACCUUGGAAUGGAAACGCUCCUUCUGUCGCAUCACCUCAAGCAUCCGCUCCCUCCACUCCUUUCCCCAACAACCCUUCAGGAUAUCCUGGCCCUUCUGCUUCGACGCAAUACUACGCGUCCGCACCGCAUCCAGAACAAGAUCCAAAUGCAUAUUCAAGUCCCCGGCCUGGAGAGACAGACAUAUCUCACCAGCCGUCGCCAAACAUGCGACGAGAUUCUUACUAUCGAUCAGCUGGAGCGCCUGUCACUGCGCGGGCGAGCGCACCGGAACAAUCUCCGCCUACAGACCAGGGCCAGUCUCCAGCUUAUAUGCAAUACGGAGAUUCUCAUCCAGUGCCAUCGACUGGUCAACCUACCCCUCAGCAUCAGCCUAUGGCGCCUCCCCCCCAGUCAUACUACUUCCAGCAACAACCUCCACAAGGCGCACCGCUUCCAACACACUCGCAGACUCCAGGUGCGCCAUAUGGAACGUAUCCUGGCGGAGAUGUUUCCCCAAUUGGUGCGCCUGCACCUCCGGUGCAUUAUCAACAAGUAGCGCCAACCAAACCGGCCGUUGAGGAAAGUCUGAUUGAGCUGUAG